AUGGAGAUCCAGUACCGUGACACCCUUCCCAAUGACGUCCGCUCUGCCUUCGACAAGGCCAUAGAGGCCCUUCCACAAGAUCAUCUGCGUCCUACAAAACUAUCCGGAGCGGCCAUGGCGGAGCGGCCAUGGAGGGGUAGAAGAUCGAAAAAGCUGGAUUCACCUACACAUAUCAUACGCAUCCGCCACUUCAAAAUCCCUUCCCUUACGCCUGCCAUAGAUCCCAUGGCGGUAACUGCUGCUGAGCAGAUCAGGAAGAGAUCAAGAAAGGAUAACGAGAUGGAGACAUCUAGGCCUCAGCCGAAAAAGAGAAAGGUUUCCAAGGAGGAUGAAUCUCAGUUGGAAUUGCAGGAACAGCCUACCCAAGAAUCUGCUAAAUCUCGGCGUAUAUUGGAUACAUUCCUAACCUCUCUGCGCGAUCUUGCAAAGUACUGGACCUAUGCGAAAGGACUAUUGCAGGUCCUUGAACAGAGGGUUUCCAAGCUCAAGAGUCAGAGAAACGAUGCAGAGUCUGCAAGGUCACAAUACGCAGAACCACCUGGGCAGCAUGAUAAUCAGUCCUUCUAUCCUCAGCCUAACUCACCAACCGAGGUAUCAUCCCCUGAGCAGUCAAGUGAGGGCCCAUCAGAGCGGAAUGGUGGAGAGGGCCAGAUAUCACCCAACUCUGGUGGCUUAGCCGACCUUGGUUUAAACGCCCAUACAGCAGCCGCUGAUUUUGAUACCAGCAUGGUGUUUCAAGGGGCCGCCCAAGAUCCUUUGCUAGAUGAUUUGUUUCUACUGGAUGCUUCUGCAUUCGACUUUCAUUUCUAUGAAAACAUCAGUUAG